AUGAAAGAAACCAUGGUUCCUGUCAACUGUAUACCUGUUUGCCCAUCUUCUUCUCAGGUGCUCAGUGUUGAGAAGAAGCGUCAUAGUAUCCAACUCGAAGGCGUAAAAAACUGUUCUGUCAAAGCAGACGCUUUGAUAUCAGAAUUUGACAAGUUUGCCUUUGGAGAAAUGAGCACUUCAAAUACAUGCUUGAGUCCUGAGAAAGAAUGUUUAUGCGGCAAAAUGUAUUUCGUUGUGGAGCUCUUGAGACAAAUUGAGCAGCAAGCCUUUGGCUAUACCAUGAUUACCAUCAUCACAACCAAUGCUGACGUGGAGACAGCGUUGCUCAAAGUUAUUAACCAUUACAAUUCUUCGCAGGUUCUCAGAUUAAACAGUCUGUCUUUGCGAGGUGGUCAUGCCGAAGGAACUUGGGUUGGUGGUGUCACUGUUCACAUUCGAUCUGCUCCUGAUCAACAACUCAGCCGGGUCUCUCUUUCUGAUAUGGUCUUGACGUAUGACGCCGACUUGGUUGGGGCAAGGCUCGGUCAUGCUCUUCUCGCCAUACCCUUUGACUGCAAUCCUGCCAUCCUUCAUUUAUGCACAAUUGGAACACCAGAACUUGAUUUCCUCAACUACUUUCUCACAUACGCCAGAAGAAACCGAUUGAAUCUAGAUAGGCUUCAUCAUGAGCAAGUACUCGCAGGACGCAGUAGCCAGCUUUUUCCAAUAUUUCAACAAGAAUUCACUAUAUUUUCAGACGAGGAAUUCAAGAUCUGGAACGACAGCAUUGCCCAGCAAGUAACACAGUGGUUUAUAUAUGAAUACAGCAACGAUUAUUACUAUAAGCCUCUACAGUUUCCUACAGAUGUCCCUAAAAAAUACCUUCAACCACCUCAAUCAGAUUAG